CGCAGAAGGCCGGGCUGUAGCCUGCUUUGGCUGGACGGGCAGCGCAGCGAAGGCGGUUCCUUGCCUGGCAAUCGGAGGGCGGGUCGUGUCUCAGCGGUAACCAGGAGGCGGCGGAGCAUCCUCUGCCUGCUCGCCAGCCGGGCACCGGAUACGGACGGUAGGCAGGAGAAGAAGAAAGAGAGGCCCGUUUCUUCAGGGCUCGUGGGUUGGAGGAGCCCAGGAAGACGCAGGGACUCAGCAGGCAGUGCUAAGAAUGUUCCGGCUUUGGUCAAGACUGGUGUUCCUGCCCAUCCUCCUAGGGGUGGUCUAUGCAGCUCCCACCUUAGAUGGAGGUGGAAAACCUGAAGAGAUCGUUCUGAGCUUUCGCAAGGACGAAGCCAGCCUGAGUGAGAUGUUCCGUGAAGUGGAAGAGUUGAUGGAGGAUACUCAGUACAAGCUGAGGAAUGCAGUUGAAGAGAUGGAGGCAGAAGAAGGCGAUUCUAAACAGGUAACAGUUGAUUUUGACCAGCUUCCUCCCAACUAUCACAAUGAAUCUGACACAGAUACAAAACUUGGAAACAAAACUGUACAUAUUCACCAGGAAAUCAGUAAGGCAACUGAUAAUAGAACGGGAUCUGCUAGUUAUUCUGAAACUGUUAUUACAUCAGUACAAGAAGGGGAGAGUAAGAGGUAUCAUGAGUGCAUUAUUGAUGAGGACUGUGAGAAUGGAAAAUAUUGUGAGUUCUCUGGUUUUGAGUACAAGUGUUAUGUCUGCAAAACCCAACACACACAUUGCUCUCGAGAUGAUGAGUGCUGUGGAAACCAGCUCUGUGUCUGGGGUGAAUGCUUGAAAGCUGUCUCAAGAGGAGCAAAUGGAACAAUUUGUGAAAACCAGCGUGACUGUAAUUCCGGAACGUGCUGUGCAUUUACAAAAGACCUUCUGUUUCCUGUGUGUACCCCAUUACCUGGAGAAGGAGAAUCUUGCCACGACCCUUCAAAUAGACUCCUCAACUUAAUUACAUGGGAGCUGGAACCAGAUGGAGCCCUGGAUCGCUGCCCCUGUGCACAUGGAUUGACUUGUAAGAUGCAGAGCUACAGCAGCGAUUCUCUCUGUGAGCUAUCCUUUAAUAAAAACCAGAAAAAGGGCAUGGAGGAACCUUUGCUAGAUGAAAUAUCAUUACUGGAUUUUAUAACACAAGAUAUUCCUGAGGACUAUGAAGAGACACUGAUUAACCAAAUGCAGGAAGGCUUGGAGAAAGAAGUGUCUGUUCCCAAAGAAUUGGACAUAGCCAGUGAUAGGAUUUUUGCAGACAAAAUGUAAUUAAUUGGUCACAAGUGCUUUUAGAAAAGUGUGUUUUUAAUAGCAAACUAAACUAUUUCUGCUGGAUAGAAGUGCAAUAAUUAAAAUAUAAUUGGUUAUUUUCCUCUGCACUGUACAAAGUGUGAAACCACAUUCUUCAUUGAAACAAACAUGGGCAGGAGCUUCAUUUAAGGACGGCUCUUUUAAGUUUUAGGCAAGAUAUGCUUUAUAUUUAGUAUAGGAUGAGAUUAAGUAUUUAACAUCAGUGGUUAGUUUGAGUCCAUCUUUUCUGUAUAUAUCGUUCAUUUCAAAGGAAUUUCUCAUAGGAUGAAUCUGGUUCUCGAUUUGAAGACUGAGCAUUGGUUCUUGCAUAUUUUUUUAAGGGGGAAAAUAAUCAGUGUGUUGUAAAUUUCAAUUUUAUUCAUUUAAAAAUGUUGCCUAAUGGGCCUUAAGCUCUUAGGUAAACUGCAUUCAGGUAUUAUGGUUCAAUCUGUGCCUUGUGAACUCACAUCUCAAUGAGUACUAAACCUAGAUUCAAGUUCUGGUUUACCAACGCCCAAGGAACUCUGUUGAAUAUUUGUGUUCUGCAGGUUGAUUAAACGUGACAUCUACCAUUUUAAGGCUUACAAUAGUUCAUGCUCUAUUUUACUUGGUUUAAAAAAAAUAAAAGUUCUUCUGGCUUUGUCCACCA